GUGUGUGUGUGUGUGUGUGCGCGCGCGCGCGCGUGUGCGUGCAUGUCUGUUGAGAAAGGGGGAGAUUUGUGACAUCACAUAGAGGGGUGGUGGAAAGCGAGUGGUUGGUGCAGACGGAGAAGAGAGAGGAGAGGAGCAGUUUCCAUCCCGCUCUGGGCGCAACCUCAUCCACCAAUCCAUGGGAGCAGAGACAUUACCCUUUCCUCUAUAGUGGAGAUCAGUCUGAGUCCAUCUCCUGUCUUGUACACAGGCGCUGGCUGUGCGUAAAACACCGAGGAGAGCCCGGAGUCAAGAAGUGCGCCAGGACGGAUCCGGAGAACCCGGGUCUAUACAGACGGCAGAGGAAGUUUCUGCUCUGCCUGAUGGUUAUCUCCAGAGUGAUUUAGUAAUUUGGUUUGCUUGACUUUUGAUCUCCGUGGUUGGAGAGGAGAUGGUACACCGCCAGACCUGAGGACAUUUUUGGAUUGUCAGUGUACGGUUAGGCUACCGUGGACCGGAAAGAGAGAUGAAGUUCGGUAAGAAGAGCGUCUGUGUACUGAACGUGGGGGGUACCCGGUACGCCUUCCCUGGCGAGGUGAUCCGUGAUUUCCCACUUCAGCGCGUGAGCCGCCUGCACGCCUGUGUAACGGAGAAGGAAGUCCUCGAGGUCUGCGACGACUACGACCAGGAUAGCAAUGAAUUCUUCUUCGACCGGCACGCGCAAGCCUUUGUCUUCAUUAUGCUCUACUUGCGCUCCGGAAAGCUCCGAUUCGUCCCGGGAGUGUGCGCGCUCUCCUUUUACAGCGAAAUGCUGUACUGGGGGCUUGGGAGCGCGCAUCUGGAGUUCUGUUGCCAGCGGAGACUAGACGACACCGGUUACUCCGAAGAGGACCUGAUUAUGCGCGCGGAGGACAACGAGUCCCGGAGCGAGGUGGAGGUGGAGAAAGGAUCAGGGUGGCUAGAGUGGAUGCGUCGGACCUUUGAGGAACCGGGGUCAUCGGUGGCGGCUCAACUCCUCGCUUUGCUGUCCGUCAUCUUCGUCAUCAUCUCCAUGGUGAUGCUGUGUAUGAGCACGCUGCCAGAUUGGAACACCGCUAAACACAACACAGUGGAAGAGCACAGGAUUGUGGAGGCGGUGUGUAUCGGUUGGUUCACAGCGGAGUGUGUGGUGCGUUUCCUCGUGGCUAAGGACAAGCUGGUCUUCCUGUGUCGGCCGCUGAACCUGAUUGACGUGGCGGCCAUCACACCUUACUACGUCUCCAUGGUGAUGCCAGGCGGAGCAGGGGGAUUGUCAGGCGUCGCCGGGGUAACGCUGAGAGUUCUGAGGAUGAUGCGUGUGUUCUGGCUGGUGAAGCUGGCCAGACACUUCCUGGGACUGCAGACUCUGGGGAUGACGCUACGCCGCUGUCGUCACGAGAUGGCCACCCUCGCCAUUUUCCUUACCGUUGCCACGGCAAUAUACAGCGCAUUGGCUCAGCUGCUGGAGCAUGGCCUCGACCCUGACCACCGUAACCUUGACGACCGCAGUAACAGAGGAGGAGACUAUGCCAGCAUCCCAGCUGCCGCAUGGUGGGCUGUCAUCUCCAUGACGACCGUUGGUUACGGUGAUGUUUACCCGGUAACGGUUGGUGGGCGCAUGCUGGGCGGGCUGUGUGUGGUCAGUGGCAUCGUUCUUCUGGCGUUGCCAAUCACCUUCAUCUACCACAGCUUUGUUCAGUGUUACAACGAACUGAAGCUCCGCUCCGCUAGGUACACACAUACACACACACACUGAAUAUACAGACAGACAGACAGACAGACAGACAGACAGACACACACACACACACACACACACACACAAACACACACACACACACACACACACACAUACACACACACCACACACACACACACACACACACACACACACACACACACACACACACACACACACACACACACACACACACACACACACACACACACACACACACACACACACACACACACACACCCUCUCAUCUACAGCUUUGCCCAGCUGCCUGUUUGAACUGACCCCUUCGGCCCCUCCCCCUGAACAUGGAACUUUAAUGAACUAAUAGACUUUUGGACGUCCCUCGUGUCUCCACCAAUCCUGUGCCGCCAUCUGGAAGCAGGGUUGACAGAAGACACACAAAGACCAUAAGUCUAUGUUUGCAUCAUAUCUCCAUGGAAACUACUUUCGCAGAGACAGCUUUUCCCAUUUGUGUAGGUUUCAGUCUGAAAUAAAAAAGAGAGAGACAAAAAGAGGAUGAGAUAGCCUGACAGAGAUAAAAGAAACAGACAAAGACAGUCGGCAUGAGCUCAGCAUAAAAGAUCAACAGAGACUGUGUGCGUGUUUGUGUGUGUGAAUGCAUGUGUGAAUUUCUAUUGAUUUUCUCUUAGCAAACUGCAAAGUGACAAAUUAUGUGUUUCUGGUCUCUAUUGUCAACAGGUUUCUCGCCUAGUUCAGUUACUGUAUGACUGUCAAUCAUAGCUGUGACGCUGCUGCUCAUACACACACACACACACACACACACACACACACACACACACACACACACACACACACACACACACACACACACACACACACACACACACACACACACACACACACACACACACACACACACACACACACACACACAGCAGACUGUUCAGACCAUAAACUGUAGCUACAGAAUUGUUAACGGGAUAUGUGAUGCUCCAUACCCAUUGCAGAUUGGCUAAUGGAAAGCCUCACAAGGAAUUUUUCAACUAACCUGUUCUUGGAGAUACUAUAAGGAAGAUACUUUUUUCGUUCUCGAUUCAGUAAAAAAUGUAUCUUAGAAAUGUUCGUGUCCAGUUUCAGGUGGUUCUCCAAAAACCAGAGAAUAUUCAGAAAGGUAGUAAAUCCACUUUUUGUAUCAAGUGAGAAAUGCCUCUUGCACGUGUGUAGAUUUUUUUUUCGUCGCAAUGUGUGAUUUGCUAUCAUCUACUUUUUAACAUGUAUUUAUUUAUUUCACCUUUAUUUAACCAGGUAGGCCAGUUGAGAACAGGUUCUCAUUUACAACUACACAUGGCCGCGGCCGUGUCGCAUUAAAAACAACGAUUUCUUGCAAAGAUGUUUGGAAAUGCAUGAUGUCUGGCUGCUAAAAUGGUGAGGGAACUCCUCACUCGGUGCAAAACGUAAACUUAAUAUCUUUCUGAAUAUUCUCCGGUAAGAACAGGUUAGUUGAAAAAUUCCUUGCGAGGCUUUCCAUUAGCCAAUCUGUAACGGGUAUGGAGCAUCACAUAUCCCGUUAACAAUUGUGUAGCUACAUAAACCAUAGUUUCAGACUGGACACAAGUCUGCAGAUGACUGGCUGCCUGUGCCUGUCAGUCGCUGUGAUUCUGAGAGGAGAAAUAUGUGAACCAAACACACACACUCCCUCUCAUCCCCCUGUUCAUCCCUCUCUCACUUCCUCUCAUCCGACUCCUUGCUUCCUCCUGCUGCCCCCCCCCCCCCCCCCCCCCCCCCCCCCGCCCCU